AACGUUCUGUUAGAGUGUUAGAGCAAGCGAGACGCGACAUUUUGAUACGGAACUUUUCCGAGUAUUGAUUGCCAUGCCAGUUAGGAAUACAUAUUUAUUUCGUACGAAAGAAGAAUAAUACUUCAAAUACUAAUAGUUAACAUGUAUUUUCGUUUGAAGGAGAGUACCUAUGUUUAGUUAGAUGCAUACGUAGGCAGUUAUAUUCGUGAUUGAUUUUCAGCGGCCAUGGCGAUGCCUGAGCAGUUUUCACUACGGUGGAAUGACUUCCACUCGAACUUAUCCCAGUCAUUUCAAGCAUUGCUGGAAGGCGAAGAUCUAGUAGAUGUGACGUUGGCGGCUGGUGGUCAGUAUGUUCAUGCUCACAAGCUCAUUUUAUCCGUCUGCAGUCCAUACUUCAAGGAGUUGUUUAAGAUGAAUCCUUGUGAACAUCCCAUAGUGAUCCUUAAAGAUGUAGCACAUCAUGAGUUAAGGCAGCUUCUGCAAUUUAUGUAUAGAGGAGAGGUUCAUGUAAGGCAACAGGAGCUUUCUGGCUUCUUGCACACUGCUGAACUGUUGCAAGUCAAAGGUCUUACUGGUGGUAGAGAGAAAAGCGAAUCACCUCCUCCAGUAAUAGAAGAAGAUUCCACCAGUACUCAGCCAAGUGUGCCUGAACCAGUGAGUGACAGCUUGCCUGAGUGGGUCCCACCUGGUGAGGAAAUCACUGCUGAAACUGCUCAUGAAACAAUCUCUGCUACUGUACCGAAAGAGGAGGCUGCCAGAAGUCCUCUGAAACGACUACUAAAAAAUACAUCAAACAAAAAUAGUUACAGUAGUAACAAAAAGAAACCUCGGCCAGUAACUGACAUUCCAUCUCAUGCCGAAAAUACUGAAUAUGCUUCAGAUGGUGAACCUAUCAUCGACUUCGACAAUGACUUUUUACAUACUAUGGUGCUGCCAGAUUCAGGCAAAGAGGCUGGAUGGAACUGCAAAACGGGUGGGGUUAAAUGUCCAUCUUGCCACCGAUUUUUCGCGAAUCGCUACAACCUAAAGGUGCAUAUACGAGACAAACAUGACACGAGGGAGGGUACACUACAAUGUGACAUAUGUCAGAAGCGUAUGAGAAAUCCAUCCUGUCUUCGGGUUCACAUGUAUCAUCACCGCAAACAAGCAGCCUAUCUGGCCCAGCUAAGUGCCCAAGGAGAUCAGAUGAGACACGUGGUUAAAAACAUGGUUGAGAACAAAUGGCGUAAUGAAACAAAGGGGGAGUUAAAGGAGGGAGAAAAUCGUAAGUGCCGUAAAAACGAGGGUGCCAGUACAUCUAAAAAUCCGCCCAUUAAGAUCUCGGUGCCUAAGAUUUACGUGUCACAGCCAAGCUCUGUAAAAAAGGGCGUUGUUCGAACAAAGAAUCGUUAUCCAGCAUCGGCACCUACUGGGGAGGCGAAUAGCUACCAGCCGGCCCAACAGGAUGUCAAGCUGGCUCCCGAAGCAAUCCUGCCGAAGUCGGAGGCGAACCAGGAGUCAGUAUGA